CGCUAACACAGUCAGUGCUUUAUGUGAAGAAGUACCAGCUGGUGCCACGGUCAUCUCUAGUCCUCCAUACUUAUUUGUCUUCAUCACAUAUUAGGACAUGGAAAGGAAAUAUAAGCUGAAGAUCGCUUUAAGCUGCACGAUCGUGUUCCUAGUUCACAAAUUCUGCCUCGCUGAGAAAAUUUGUUCAGUUCCCUCAGAGCCUGUGACUAUUAAAGAGAACAACACAAUCGAUGCCGUUGUUGUCCGUAUUAACACAACAACAAAGAACGUCACACUGACUCUCACCGGGAACCCAGAGAAUGCAUUUGACCUGAGGGGCUUGGAUCUGAUCGUGAAGAAACGCCUGGACUUUGAAACUCUGCUAAAUCCCGAGGAGCUCACAGUGCAAAUCCGUUGCAAUAAAACAGGAUCCAGAAGUAUUACUUUGACGGUCCUUGUUCAAGUCCAAAACAUCAAUGACAACCCUCCGUCAUUUGCCCAGAGUAAAUACACUCUAGAUGUUAAUGAGCUCACACCUGUUAACACCAGCGUGGCCCAGAUUGAAGCAAAAGAUGAUGAUUCAGGCGUUUUAUAUUACGCCUUGGAACCAGCUCUGAACCCAUAUUUCCGACUGGAGAGCAUGUACAAGCCAAAUAUUCUCGUUAACAAGACUUUGGAUUAUGAAAUCAUCCAGCAGGUGACACUGACCUUAUAUGUGCAGGAUACUCCACCGUUAUCACCUUCAGGCCAAAUCACAUUCUCAGCCACCACGACAAUUGUAAUUAACAUAAAAGACAUUGACAACCGUCCUCCCUGGUUCCAGCCAUGCACCAGGAUUACUAUUGGUACUGCUAAAAUCUGCCUGAGUGUUGGGUAUAAGGGCAGAGUCAACUUAACAGAAAAACAGGAAGGACCGCUACACUUACAGCCAGGGCCGGUCUACGCAAGAGAUGGAGACAAAAGCAGAAAUGAAGAGAUUAGCUAUAAAAUCGUCAAAGGAAAUGAGGACAACAUAUUUCAAAUAGAUGAAAACACUGGAAACAUAACUAUGCUAAAACCAGCAGAUAUCACAGGCCCGAUAUCUCUCACAGUUGUAGCGUCUCAGGUGUCAAACCGUGACCGGUUCGCUGCCACUUCAGUCAAUAUCGAGGUGAUGAAAAAGAGCAGGAACCCACCAAAAUUUGAGAGGGAGCGCUAUGAGGCAUACGUUUACAGCAACUCGGGGCCUGAGAACAUGGUGCUCAGGGACAGGACUUCUAAUAGACCCUUCCGAGUCAAAGCCAGAGAUGAUGACUUUGCAAAUGGAAUCAAUCCCGACAUCAGAUAUGAAGUACAGUACAGCAGUUUUGUCAACGUAACCACAGAUGGGUUUGUUCUUCUGAAAAAACCUGUUCGAACUGACUCAUUUGCUUUACAAGUUCGUGCUGUCGAUGUGACAACUGGCGAGUCGGGGACGGCGGCUCUCUCUGUGCUUGUCCUACCACCUCCAGGAGUCCAGUCGCCCUCAGAUGGAUACCGUGCUGGAGAUAUGGCCUUGCUGGGCUUUGUAAUGGCCGCUUUGCUGGUUCUCUGCCUCAUCGUGAUUGGUUAUCUUAUUUCCCGUCUGAAGAAAAGGAACCCAGAUGCGUUCAAGUUAUCAGAGGUCAGCAUCUUCUCAUCAUCGCUGUGUCCAUGCUUGCGGCAUACCCAGUCCACUGAUGGGUUGAGGCCAAGAGACAGCAUGCAGUUCACCAAUGACGGCUUCCUGAAUGAAGCAGACAUGAGCAGGUUGGCAAUGAGGAGGCCAGAUAGAAGAGACAGGAAGCAGGAAGUGGUUCCAAAAUGGAGAGCCAGAGUGACGCCACGUGAGAAGCAAAGACACUGCAAUUCCUGCGGCAUGCGGGUUCAUUCGAACCAUGUGCACCGGAGUAGCCCGGCUCUCCACCCCAAAGCUCAAGGAGCUAAAGACCAAGUCAGAUCUAUCUUAACCAAAGAGAAAAGAAAGGACGGACAGAAGACGGUCUGGUUUAAAGAGAGCGAGGAUUCCUCAGACAUCGAAGUGGAGAUCAUUCCUGACGACAUUGGGCUUAAACACGAGGGGGAGAAUGACGACCUGUCUUCUUUGGCUCCAAAACCCAGCGAUAUGGAACUGGGUGAGCUGACUAUGAUGGACCUUCAGGACUUUGACAAGCAACAGGGAAGCAUUUCUGACCACCGAGAGACACCGGACCCAGAUAAAACAGGCUAGUGAGUGCCAAGAGUGAUCAGUGAUCCACAUUCUAAUAAGACUUAAAUCAGUCUUAUGCUGAUAUCAGGGUGACUCCAUGAUUUGGGUACCAUUUAUUUAUCAUUGAUAUUAAAUGUACAAAUGUAUGUAAAGUAACUGUGAAAAAUUGUAUUAAAAAUCCAUAUAAAAAAGCAUUUAACUUAUCUAAGCCUACUUUGUUGAAACUUUAAUCUCUAAAUAUAUCUCUGCAUACUUUAACAAGUCUUAUUUUUCAUAAAUGCAUGAAAAUCUUGUUCCUGUUUCAGUCUAUAUUCAUGCAUAAAUGAAAAAAGGGAAAGUUUGUAUUCAUGCAUUUAUGAAAAAUAAGGUUUGUAUUCAUGCAUUAAUAAAAAAAAUCAUGUUUGUUAAAGUGUUCUAAGAUAUAUUUCAAGAUCAAAUGGAGUUACAGAGAUCUUAGACAAGUAAAAAUGCUUUUUUAUAGGAGUUUUAAAAGGAGCUUUCACCUUUAUUUUGCAUCCUUUUCCAUGAGUUAUGUUACCUGCACACAUUCGGAAAACAUUCAGCCCUUUAAAAUAUUUGAAAUAUUCCACAAGUCAUGUGCUCAAAUGGCAUAAUACGGAUUUCCUGGGUAUCAAGGAAAGAAGAAAAGCACCUCCUCUCGUCUUUUCUUCCUUAUUUUCAAUUAUAUUGUGAUACUGACAGACAAAGUCACUUUGAAAACACAACAAAACCUGCUACAGACUGGAAGUAAAUUAUUAGAAACCAUUCAAACGUUAUGCUUAUCGUAUUUUAAGUUCAUAGCAAAAUGCCUUACAAACCCAAUUCACUGGUGUCCUCAUAUGGCAGGGUACUGAGAAUCUUUUAUCUGUGAUAAAAAUGCUGAAAACAUGAUUAUAAUUUACAUCCUGACUACAUCUGUAACUUGUAUUUUAGAAACGUGAAAGACUAAUGUGUACAUAAACAAAACAAAGCAAAAAAAGUUUUGCAGCCAUAACAAAAAUCAAUACUUUGGAGCAUGCUAUUACGGCACUAAACAUAAAGUUUGCACUAAGCACUAAUCUGAACUAAAUAAUUACUUAACCAUUUUUUGUCCAUUAUAAUUUUUUAUUGCUGUGAAUAACAUUUUGUAUACACAAAAACAGAUAAAGACUUUAAAAAUAUUUUAUAUAAAUGUGAACCUGUUAUUGUGGAAGUGCAGAAAUGAAAAAUAAAGAAGCAAGUGAAUGUG